AAAAACAAGGACAUGUUCAGGGAUGUUGAGGAUAACAGAAAAUUUACCUCUGAACUGUUACCAACUGGUCUUCGUAAGAGCCAUGGUCAUGCACCUUGAUUUCUAAUUCUAAAUUUAAUUUGGCAAUUUUAUCUGCUUAGCUAUGUGUAUAUGUUUGUACAUUGUAUGUAAAUUGCCAUGAUUGGUGGCUGAUGCAAAUUUCCAUUGUUGAUCUGUGUGUGUGUCUGCCUGCCUGCCUGCCUGCCUGCCUGCCUGCCUGCCUGCCUGCCUGCCUGCCUGCCUGCCUUUGGCUCCUUAAACAUGCUAAAUGGUAAAGGUUAAAGGUGCAUGCAAAAUCUCUGGAUCUGAGCCACGAGCACCUGGGAUCAGUGCCAGCUGGUAAUCACUGGACCUGGCAGGGGUAGCCAAGGGGUCACCAGACGUGUGGUCAUUUAGUUCUGCUUUUCUCCCCAUUUUACUCCCUUGCAAAGAUACUGUGGGCAUUUAAGCAGUGCAGGAGUAAAAAUAAUGGUUGGGCUCUGCCCCAUCUUGCCCUGGUAACCAGCCUCUCAUGCAUGGAAUUGACCAUACAGAAUAUUAGAUCAAAGAUUGUGAGCCCUUUAGCUGUGAAAUAUAUUCAGUCUGUCCCUGGCAACCUUUGAUACUGCAACGGGAAAGGUGAUAGAGACUGUGUGUGGGGAAGGAGAUAACAGCUUUUAACUCCAGGCUCUUGGCAACCCAGGAGAGUCUUGUUGGCAGGAUGUGGGGUCGUCAGCUGAUUCACCUGCUCUCUAGCUCCCAGCGGGUGCUGAAGAAAAGUCCCAGGUGCCGAGCGCCAUGGCUGCUCAACUUCAGGAAAACCCUUCCAAGUCUGACCCGUUGGCAUCACACAGUCCCAGAGUCGCUAAAGUGUGCCUGGCAGUUAAACGAUGAUCACUUGGAGCUGAAAUAUGGGGAUGUCCUCAUGCGCUUCGACUACGUCUGGCUCCGUGAUCACUGCCGCUCGGCUUCCUGCUACAAUACCAAGACCAACCAGCGCAGCUUGGACACAGCCAGUGUGGAUCUGCGCAUCAGGCCAAAGAGCAUCCGUGUGGAUGAAACAACACUCUUUCUCACCUGGCCAGAUGGCCACGUGACGAGGUACGGGUUGGAAUGGCUGCUGAAGAACAGCUAUGAAGGGCAGAAGCAGCAGGUCAUGCAGCCACGCAUUCUCUGGAAUGCUCAGAUCUACCAGGAAGCCCAGGUGCCCUCAGUGGACUGCCAGAGCUUCCUGGAGACCAACGAGGGCCUGAAAGAGUUCCUGCAGAACUUCUUGCUCUACGGGAUCUCAUUUGUGGAAAACGUCCCCCCAACCAAAGAAGACACCGAGAUCUUAGCAGAGAGGAUCAGCUUGAUCAGGGAGACUAUCUAUGGCAGGAUGUGGCACUUCACCUCUGACUUCUCCCGGGGAGACACAGCGUACACCAAGCUGGCUUUGGACCGUCACACAGAUACCACUUAUUUCCAGGAACCCUGUGGCAUCCAGGUUUUUCACUGCCUCCGGCACGAAGGGACAGGUGGUCGUACACUGCUUGUGGAUGGCUUCUACGCAGCAGAGCAGGUGCUCCAGCAAGCCCCGGAUGACUUUGAGCUCCUGACCAAGGUGCCACUGAAGCACGAAUAUAUCGAGAAUGUGGGGGGCUGCCACAACCACAUGAUUGGGGUUGGGCCUGUCUUGAAUGUCUACCCUUGGAACAACGAGAUCUACUUAAUCAGGUACAACAACUACGACCGAGCCGUCAUUAACACGGUGCCUUACGACACUGUGCACCGCUGGUACAGUGCACACCGCACUCUCACCGCCGAGCUAAGGAGACCAGAGAAUGAGCUCUGGGUGAAGCUGAAGCCGGGCAAGGCCCUGUUUGUGGACAACUGGCGAGUUCUGCAUGGCCGGGAGUCUUUCACAGGUUACCGCCAGCUCUGUGGCUGCUACCUAACUAGAGAUGACGUGCUGAAUACAGCCCGCUUCCUGGGGCUGCAAGCCUAGCUUGUCCCAGGCUUCCGGAAUUUUGGGGAUUGCGGAUCCAGGAAUGAGAGAGAGCUUUUCGCAAUAUACCUCACAGACUUGACCUUCUGCUCGCAAGAGGAGGAGAGUUCCCCAUGGGAUUACUUGAUUGUCAGCCAGCCCAGGCAGUUUAUUUGCCUACACACACACACACACACACACACACACACACACUAUCCCAUUUUGGGGGGGUCUUUUGUUGUCCAACUCCCUUUGGCUUUCACGGCACAAUGGACUCAUUUGGUGCGUGAAGGAAUCAACGUCCGCUGCAGCACUCGAGGUGCCAGAUCUUGUUGUGCCUUUUUGCUGUUGAAACUGAACUGUAAUGCUAACUUUGCUCAGCUGGCAUUCUUUACACCGGCACUCCAUAGUUUUGCUCACCAAAGGACCAGUGAGUGUCCUUAGAAGUGUGGGGGAGAGAACUCUCUCCACCCGCUGCCAGUCUCCAAACACCUUCAAAGAUAAGCAAGUGCCAGGUGUUGGAAGCUUUUAGGGUUCUCCCCAUUGCCUGCUGAUGGCUCAAACUUGCCAUAUUGAUAGGAAAGCAGGUACAGGAAAUUUUGUGGCGAGGGAGGAAAGCUGCAUGGCUGGAGCCAGAAAAUUAUGCUGGGGGUCCUUCCUUACCAGAUCUGCAAACGACAAUUCGUGCGCAGAGACAUCUUCCCCUUCCCCAUAUCCUGCGUUGUUUUUCUUUUGCCAUGAUAGCUCCUCCUAGUCCAUCUGAAACCACCUUGUUGCCCUCUCUUCAUUUUGGUUCUUGAAUAUAUAUUUUUGCCUUGUGCUUUUUCUUUUCCUUUCUUUUUGCUUUGGCCUGCCAAGGAUUUACUCCUACUUCGUUGAUAGCCUCUCACCUUGUCAGCAAUAGGAAAGUAAUUGAAUUAGGAGCAGUGGCACUGUCAGGGCAGGACUCUGGGGCAGAGCUCAUGGUCCCCAAAGCAAAAUGAGCAUGGAGGCCGACAGACAUGGCAGCAGGACUGACUUUUCACGUUUUUGAAGUUACUGGAACAAGAUGAAUGAGGAAGGGGUUCCCAGCUGUGGUUUCUUUGGUUAAAAAAAAUGAGGUGCUGGUACUCAUAUCUAGUACCAAGGAUGCCAGCACAAAAUGAGGCAAUGUUCCUCCAUACAGGUGGGAAAACGCACUGACUUGCCAUAAAACCAGUGGUGGGCCUACAUUUUUGGGGCCCUGAAGCUUGCUCUGUUAUGGGGGCCCCUUGUCAACCAGGAACAAGGUAUGGGUAACCACGGUUGUCUUCCUCAAUGGGGUGGUUUCAUGACACGUCACCACAAUUAAAUAAUAAUAAUUCAACUACUGCAUCUCAUAUUUUGAUUGAAAUUGCUGUCCCGCGAGACUCUACCUUUGCAACGUUUGUGCUAAUGUCUCUCAAACUUUGGGAUUGUUGAAAAAGUAAUCGAUUUGACUUGUGCAGCUGCACUAAAGUCACUUCUGGAGCCCCUCUGGGAUUAAGGGCCCUGAAGCUUAAGCUUCAUUAGUUUCAUAGUAGAUCGGCCCCUGCAUAAGACCAUUAAGUCCAGCAUCUAAAAUUAACCAUUGCCACUGCUGUUUCGAGGGAAGGCCUGAAGCAGUUGAGCCCUGUUCUGGAAAAUACCUCAAGAAAAGAAAGGAAACAAAGCCAACCUCCUUAAAUUCUGUGCUCCUUGAGUUGCGAAUCUCUCUGCUAGCUGAGCAACUUACCAGUUUCGUUUUGGAACUACGGGCCUUUCUCAGUAGCUGCCUUUUGUACCAGUAGGAAUAGGAAUAGCACACAGAGGACACUUUUGCUAGAAUUCAAGUGAAUGUCUUAAGUGAAGAAACUGUGCCCAACAACCUCACUGCCUGUACAAAAUAGCUUUUUUUGGCCACGAACAAAGGAGUCUGUGUAUGUGCAAAUGAGGUAUGAAUGUAAGCCAUUCGCCAGGAGUACGACCUUAUGGGUCCUUUCAGCACGGUGGGACUCCUUUCUCUCGUGUUGCAGCUCUUGGCCAGGACAAAGUUGGGAUAUCAAGGGCUGCUAUUUCUGGUGACACAGGAAGUCAUUACCUGCCAUUGCAAAAGCCCCUCAAGUAGCUGCUAAAGACCCACUUUUUCUGUCCCUGAAUUGAAUGUAAACUUCCUGCCACCCAGCCCACAUUGGACUUGCAUCUAUGCUUCAGUUGUUAAUCAUGGCUAACAAUGCAACACUUAGUUCAGAUGCAGACUCCUUGCCUAUGUCUCCAGUUCACGCAGUUCAGUCUUUUUAAAAAAAGUUUUUAUGCAUGUUUCUAUUUCUGUGAAAUUAGCUUCACAAUGUAUUUGAGAGUAAAUGCCUGAAAAUAUUUUAUAUGUUUUUAAUCUCAGGCAGAGGGAGGCGUUGAAAGAACUGAAAGAGGUAGUAGAACGUCUGCUGUGGUUUAACAUAUUUCCACUGGUGAAUCUGGCAAGAUCUGGGCCAAAUCCAUUUCCUGUAGCUGGAACACCUUUUUGUCAAAUAGGGGUUGGCAAACGGCUUCAACUAGCUACGCCAGUGGACUUUUUUUUCCCCUGGGAAAAGGAAAGCAACUCCCAACUCCACAUGAUCUGAGGUAUGACCAGAAACAGGUGCACAGGGUCAUUGCUAUAAUUGACCUUUGACAUGCCAAACUGAAGAAAGAAAAGACCCAUUAAGGAGCUGUGAAAAUCUGUUCUCUAUUAGUAAACAGGAAGUAAUGCUGAACUUCCCUGGUGGCAUUUUUGGUGCUUGGUGGCUUUCCCUUCAUGCAUCAAAGUAAGAUAAGCUGUUAAGAUUCCUCUAGGAGUGCCAAAAAAUAGAGACCUAAAGCUGAGUUUUGCAUAGAAGUGAUGUAUUUUGGACAGUGCUGCUGCAGCAGAAGUGAGGGAGGAUGGGGUGUCAUUUAAUGCUUCUCCAGGAAAACACAAAUCCAGGGCAAGAGUAUAGAUUGUAGCUUAGCCUCCUGUGGUCUUCAAGUACCAUACAAGUUGGUCACCAGCAAAGUGUCCAGGGCUGGUUGUUUCCAUUACUCUACCAACCCUUUGCUUGAGUAUUUGUACCACAUCAUUGCUGUCUGGUACAGCUGGGUUGACUGUGACCCUCAAGAUAACUGCUGGACUCCUAACUCCAAUCACCUCUGAUUGUUAGUUAUGCUGGCUGGGGCUGAUGGGAGUUGUAGUUCAACAGCGUCUAGAGGACUGCAGGUUCCUCAGCCCUUUGUGGGGCUUCCUCAGUGACCUAACAUGGUUCUAAUUCCUCUGUGAACUUUUUCUUUGACGUUUGUUAGCAUACAGGACCAUUCAGGUUUGGGGGAGUGAACAGGGUGACACACAUAAUUUCCCUGCUUGUGUUCGCUUUUUUAUAAAGUGUGGAACAUCAUGAUCAAGCUGCUUGUGAUGCAAUAGCCCAAUACAGAGGCACCUCUUCAUGCAAACACACCAUCUUUCUGUAAAUCUUUCUGAGUCAUAAACCUCACCACCAGCCAUACGUGCUUCUGAGGCCUGUUGCCUGGAAGCUGGUGACUUUCUGAAGUGGAACCUGGUUUUGCACCGAGAAAAGAAGGUUGAAAUGCAAAUGCCAGGUGUGUUUGCUCCAAGAUGCAGCUCUAGCGUGGUGCUUUGUGCUGUUGCCCAGGCACUUCCCUGCACACAUUUUUGCAAGCAGAAAAAUUAUAACAUCAGAAACAGCUGACAUAGUUUGCGUGCUCUUUCAGCCUCAGCCCUCUGCCGAUCUAUGCAUUAGGUGUUUUGGGUAAGAAUAGCUUGCCUUCACUGUGGCGUUUCUGGUCAUAUUUUGAAACCAGCAUUUUCUGCAUCUCUCUCUCUGCUAAUAAAAAAGUGGCAUUUCUUUUCAGAGCAGCUGGCUUGUGGCUUAAUAUUCUAUUCAACAGGUGGUUUCAUGUAUAAUGCAACCAUAGCUGUCUCAGUUCCAGCUAACUUUCUGUAGAUAUGACAAAAGCUCUUUCACCUUUCCCCCAUGACUUUUCACAAUUCUGUCUCCAUCAAAGGGAGUGGGGGGCAAGAAUAGGGAAUAAGCCUUUCCUAGAUGCUUGCUGUCUCCCUACUGAGCUGAAGCUAAAUAAAUGUAAGUAAAAUUCUACAUGUGGUGGAAUUCAGUGUUCCUUUGCACUAGAUCUGGGUUAAUCUGUGCAGAAUUUUGUUGGAAAACAGCAUGCAGAACACAAAGACUUGGAUUGCUACAUGAGAUCAAAAUCCAUUUACUUCAAGGUUAGCUAACCUGUGAUCCUCCCAGGUGUUGCUGGACUCUCAAUUCCCAUCAGCACUAGCCAGGACAGCCAGUGCUCAGGGGUGAUGGGAGCCAGAGUCCAGCAACAUGUGGGGGACCACAUGUUCCACUAUUUCUGCAUGGUUUAAUAAGCACUUUCACAGUUGUCCUCCAUGAACCUGUCUAAGAAUCCCUUACAAAAGCUCUCUAAGCCUGUGACUAUCACAACCUCAUCUUAUACUUGCAAAUUCCAUAAAUUAUCCUUAGUGUGUUGGGAAAGUACUUUUUCCUUUUGUUGAUACUGAACCCUAUUGCCAAUCAGCUUUGUUAAUGAUCUCAAAUUCCAAAUGUUACAAAAUGGGAGAGAAGUUUUCAUCUUUUCUACAUCAGGUAUGGCCCUCUGGAAGUUCCUGGAAUUCCAAAGUCCAUAAUCUCUGCUAGAUUCCCCUUCCCUGUUCUACACAGUUCAUGCACACCUAUUUUUAACCCUCACAGUCUUUCUUAGAUCUUUCUGAAGAAGUGUGCAUGCACACGAAAGCUCAUACCUAUGACAAACUUGGUUGGUCUCUAAGGUGCUACUGGAAGGAAUUUUUAUUUUAUUUUCUGUUUCGACUACGUCAGACCAACACAGUUACCUACCUGUUUCUUAGAUGAAGUAGCCUAGAGAAGAUGAGCAACAGCAUGCCUUUGGAUUGUAGGACAGCUGAGGAUCUGGCCUACUGGUCAGAUUUUGUUUCCCAUCCAUGCUUUCCCUGCAGCAUAGUUAAGAAAUGAAAGACAAGUGAUACUUGGGGUGUGUGAAAGCAAGGCAGUGCUUGGUUUAUUGCAAUGAGAUUAAUUCUGCAUAGAAACCACACAGAAGCUUGUGGUAAACCUCAUCUAGCCAAAUGCGACAUUGCCUCUUAUUUCGCAGGAAAAUGACUUCAUUUCCCUAAUCUGAAACCAGCACCCACUAUAUUUAAAUACUUCAAUUAAGCACUUCACAAGAUCAUCCGACAACAAAAAUUGACAACUUGGGUGUUUCCAAGGUGGCAGCUUUCAUUCUCUCCCAUUCUGCCUCAGCAAGUAGGGCUUUUGCAUUUACUCAGAUUUUUUUUUAAUCUAUUCUUAAUUUUAAAUUUUGUGUUUGUAAACUUUUAUGCUUUAGCCCUUUAUAGACUUCAGUUGUUUGAUUUUAGAGGAAAGCCAUGCUUUUGUCCCUUGCUGUUCAUUGUGAAGGCCUUGGCUACAUACAAUAAAAAUUGAACUGCAUUAGGCCCCUAAAUGCAAGCUGGCCUGGGAUUGGUUUCACUUGGGAGUGCUCAAGUGGAGCUGAUUCUAGCAGGGGUCAGCUCCACUCAGGAGCAACAGUUGGGAGCUCCCAAGUGAAACCAAACAUAGCUGGGGCUAUAUUUGAGGUCAAUUGCAAAAGCCCCACUUGCCAAGGGAUAAUUGGCACCAUGGUUUAAUGUGCUAGAUUGUUCAUUUGCAGCUGCACCUCUACCUAUUUCCACAUCUGAUGCCAUAGGGCACCCAGCAGGGGCAGGUGGGGAUGACAGCAUUGUGGGGCUAAUUAAGCCUCUUGGAGGGCCUAAUUUGGCUUAGGCUAGAGGUUUCCUGUUCCUGUUUUAUUGUUGCCUGGUCACUGUUCUUCUGUAAACAAUGUGCACAGAUGCAAAUGUGGAAGUGAAACAGUUUUUCCAGUGUGUCUCUGCGUGUAUACCAAGCAUGUCAUUUUAGAAAUGUGUGUUUAUUUCAAAUCAGUUUUUAAAAUAUGAGUUUAUUUAGGUGUGUAUCAUGUGAAUAUCUUAAGGAUUGAUGUUUACAUGAGUGUUUCAGUGCAAAUUUAAAGUUGAGGUAAUAUCCACCUAAGCCCUCCUUAGAGUAGACCCACUACUCUAAUGAACCUGUUUGUCAUUUCCAUUAACUUCAUUGGGUCUAUUCUGAGAGUGACUAGCGUUGAACACCACCCACUAAUGAUGAUGAUGAUGAUGAUGAUGAUUUAGAACAAAAACCUGCCACUAAAAUGGGGCUAUGCACAUUUGAAACCACACAUCUUCCAAGUACCGUAGCUAGGGUGAUCUACCCAUGCAGUGCCAGUGUCAGAUUUUCAGAGUUCCCCAAAGAGAAGUGAAAACCUUGGGGAAAUAGGACAAUGAUGUGGAGAUGCCCUGUAAAAAAAAUGAAGGAGCAAAAUGUAGCAGUUCCAGAGUAAACUCCUAAUGUGGAAACACCAGGAAUAAUCCUGGAGAUUAUUAUUCUUUAGAAGUCAGAGGAAGGGUACUCUUCGACCGUUCAGAGGAAGAAAGGCCAACUCCACACACACAAGCCUUCUUUCAGGAGAAACACUGUCAAUCAUCCAGAGAAGCAGAAGCUGCCGGUUGUUUUGUUCCCACCCCCUUACCCAGUGCUAGAACAAACAGUGCUCCAACAACCAAUUAUGAACCUAGGGAGCUGCCAAAUCCUGACUCAGAUCAUUGGUCCAUCUCUCUCAGUAGUGUCAGUGCUGAGUGGCAGUGUCUCCCACAGGCGGAACAUUCCCAGCCCUACCUGUAAAUGCUCGGAUCGAACAAGGGACCAAAGCAGAUGUUCCACCUUUGACCUGCUGCUAUUUCCCCAUUUGUCUUGGGGUUGCAGAAGUGAAGGGAAGGACACAGGCACCUGCCAGCAGCCACACAAACAAGAGCUUCUGGAUAUAGGUUUGGUUGUGUUUAUUUGUAUUCAGUUGACAGCUGUUUCAUAGAUCGCUUGAUCGAAAGGCAGAGUAUAAAUCUACAAAUAAAAUUAAUGAUCUGGCCCAUAGAAGGCCAUCAACUGGCCUGCUAGAUGUGAGGGUUGCAGCUGGUUAGAUUGAUGAAAGGGGAAAUACCAGUAGGCAAAACAAGUAGGAACUGCAACAAAACACCAACAGCAUUCAAUGUUCCUGUUCAGGAUUCCAGCUCCUCCAUUGCAUUCCCCCUUUCUUGCUUUCCCAAUGACUCUCACUCACCCAAAGGAGGCUAGUCCAUUGGGGCAAUGGAGGCACUGCUCUAACAGCCUUAGUCUGUCCCCAGGCAGGUCCCAUCUGCCCACCUUCUUACAACCAAUCCAAGGAGUGGCCCUGCCUGUCAGCUUCCUCCUCCUUAGCCUCAACGUUGCCCUUGUAGACUUCGGCAGGGAAGAAAAGGAUAGGGAGAAAAACCAGAAGGAAUUGGCUCUGUCUUACAUUGGCUGUGGUUGCACCUGUCAAUCGACUCUGGCUCGGUUGGGUAUCUUGCCUUGCACCCUACCAGUACAAAUGGGUGCCAGCCACCACAGCACUCACCAUUUCAAAUCACCCAUGCAUGCUCAGUCCUUGUUGGGCCACUUUUGGUUACAUACGCAAUCAAACUCCCAACCCGAACAUCAGAAACAGAGCGGAUGCUGCUGCUAAACAGGACUCGUUGCUGUACUGUUGUCAUUUAAUCUUGGAAACGAUGGCCCUGUCAAACAUACUUUUUUUUUGUAAGGGUUGCUUUAUUAUUGGGUACAGCAAAAUCCCAGAUGGUUGGAGCAGUCCUGUUAGCAGCAGAGUCCGGGGGGAUUAGGGAAGAAUGCCAAUGGAAAAAGAGCAAGAAAAUGACAACAAAUCCAAGCGCCAAACAAAAUGCACCUUCCUGACCAUACUUUUAAAAGGUGUUAGACAUCUCACCAAUUUGUAUUCAGGCAUUCUAACAUUUAUGCUCCCUAAAACUUGCUCCUUGCAAUGAUGUAUAGGUGGUAUUUAACUCCAACUAAAUUAGCUAAAGGGACGCGAGUGGCGCUGUGGGCUAAACCACAGAGCCUAGGGCUUGCCGAUCAGUAGGUUGGUGGUUCGAAUCGGGUGAGCUCCCGUUGCUCGGUCCCAGCUCCUGCCCACCUAGCAGUUCAAAAGCACGUCAAAGUGCAAGUAGAUAAAUAGGUACCACUCCGGCGGGAAGGUAAACGGCGUUUCCGUGUGCUGCUCUGGUUCGCCAGAAGCGGCUUAGUCAUGCUGGCCACAUGACCUGGAAGCUGGAGUUGUGGCCAAUAAUGCGAGAUGAGAGCCGCAACCCCAGAGUCGGUCAUGACUGGACCUAAUGGUCAGGGGUCCCUUUACCUUUAAAUUAGCUAAAAUGUAUAGGAUGAGAAACAAGAACUGUUGGAAAUGUAAGGAUAAAGAAGAUUUUUACCAUAUGUGAUGGACAUGUGAUAAAGUUAAAAGAUUUUGGGGAAAGAUUUAUAAUGAAAUUUUUUUAAAAAAUAAAUAAAUAUACUUUCCCCCAAAAAAACCUGAAGCGUUCUUGUUAGGCAUGACAGGAGAAGAAAUUUCAAAGGUAGAUAAGAGACUGUUUAUGUAUGCCACAAUGGCAGUUAGGACUUUACUGGCCCAAAAAUGGAAACAGCAAGAAUUACCAAUGAUAGAAGAAUGGCAGGUGAAGAUGAUGGACUAUGCAGAAUUAGCACUUUGUUGUUGUUUAGUCGUUUAGUCGUGUCCGACUCUUCGUGACCCCAUGGACCAUAGCACGCCAGGCACUCCUGUCUUGAACUGCCACCCGCAGUUUGGUCAGACUCAUGUUGGUAGCUUCGAGAACACUGUCCAACCAUCUUGUCCUCUGUCGUCCCCUUCUCCUAGUGCCCUCAAUCUUUCCCAACAUCAGGGUCUUUUCCAAGGAUUCUUCUCUUCUCAUGAGGUGGCCAAAGUAUUGGAGCCUCAGCUUCACGAUCUGUCCUUCCAGGGUGCACUCAGGGCUGAUUUCCUUAAGAAUUGAUAGGUUUGAUCUUCUUGCAGUCCAUGGGACUCUCAAGAGUCUCCUCUUAGAGAGAAUUAGCACAGUUGAUGGUAAAAAUCCAAAACCAGAGCAACCAAACGUUCCAGAGUGACUGAAGUAAAUUUAUUCAAUAUAUAGACAAUCAUUGUAAACAUCUAAAGACACUAGCAGGACUGAGAUAAAUCUUGUAUCGUCAAACAGAUUGACUUAUCUACAGAUGUUUAAAGUUCAAAAUAUCUAAGGAAAAAGACAGAAUGGAGACGAUACAAAUGUGUGUGAAUAUGAAAUAGAUAUUUAAAAAACCAGAUGACGGGAUGCAGGGAAGUCAAGAAGCUCUGUGGAGCUAUUAAUAUACUAAAUGAAUAUGUUAUAUUAGGGCGCGUUGAAUUUUUCAUCUUUAGAAAUCCUGAUUUGAGGGAUGUUAAAAAGUUGUGGUAGGAUUAGGUAAUUUGAAAUAUAUUUUGGUUACUUGUAAAUAUUAGGUCUUGCUUGGUAAAUAUCUAUGUGAAAAAUUCCUACUUUUCAACAUUUUUUUUAAAAAAUCUGUCAUUUAAACGUAUAGGUUAUUCCCCAAUUUUCAUGAAAACAGAUGUUGAUAAGUGCCUAAAAUUGAUUACAAGAUACAGUGGUACCUUGCAAGAUAAAAUUAAUUCGUUCUGCAAGUUGCUUCACAUAGCAAAAAACUUGCAAAGCACAGUUUAAAAUUUUCCCGGUCUACCCAUUUAGUUAAUGCGUUCCUAUUCGUCUUGCGAAGCACGGUCAUAGGAAACUUUGUCUUGCGAGACGCCUCACGCAACGCGUUCGUCUUGUGAGUUUUUCAUUGCAUGAGGCAUUCGUCUGCGGGGUACCACUGUAUUGUAGUUCUCUUAUAGAUGUAUUGUAGUUAUCUGUACUAUUAAUAUUAAUAUUAUACAACGGUAUGUGAUAUCUUUUUUUGAUUUCUACAACCAGUGAUAACUGCUUCACUAUGACUAUGAAAAAGAACAAGACAGGGAACAUUCACACAUAUGAGCAACCUUAUUGGAAGUGGAAGAGACAUGUUGCCUUCUGAAUUACCAACUUUGUGAGACGUGUUAAGAUAUGGACUGUUGCUGAGAGAACAAAGUAGUGAGGAUAUGAGAAACUAUCCAGCUGCCAGUGUUGCAAAAGACAUAUAUCCUAAAGUACUUGAAAAAUGGGAACGAGCAAACUGUUCUUUUAUUUUCCCUGUUGUGAAUUCAAUAGUUACAGUAUUAGCAAAGAGUCAAGAAAGUUGGGAGCAAGCAAAAAACAUAUCUCUUGGAAGGGGCAAGUUAGAUAUUAAAGAAGCCUUUGCUUAAAAACUUGACAAGCUCUUUGACAUUCUAAAUUGCAAAUGUGAAAUGAUUGUGUACUCUGAAUUUGUCUGUGCUACAGAUUGCACAAAAGAAGCUCACAUUAAUUGUACAUGCUCUAAAGACAAAAAGACCCCAGUGAAAUAACUUGCUUUCAUUAAAGGCCAGAGAAACAAGAUUGGUUCUAUUGGACCACACCAAAUUGGUUUGCCAGAUUUUCCAGAACAUACCAGACUGAUAAAGAAGCAAAAGCGAGAAGAGAACAAGAUUUGCUGAUGCUGAAUAUAAAAGGGAAUGCUUGCAGACUUCUUCACUUCCAUCACAUGAAGAAAGUUCCUCCAGGGUUGGAAAUGAGGAAAAAGAAACUGAUACAGAAGAUGGAAGUGAAUCAAAUUAUGAUUUAACAGUUCCUUCAACUUCUAAUGGAGAAAAACAGUACAAUACAUUAGAUAUACCUAAUGUUGCUAUGCAAUGCAUCAGAUACAAUGUUGGUCUUCGUGCCACAGCUGCAAUUACCGCCGCUGCAUUUAUUGAUAUCGGCUUGAUCACUGAAGAAAAUACAAAACUUGUUGCUGACCACAAUAAAGUAAAGAGAGCGCAGGAGCCUAUGCAAGUACACAGGAAAAAAGGGAGGGCUACUUCAGAGGCCAAGAAGCAGGUCAUCGGCUUUUGUCAAGAAAUGAAUCAAAACAGGACUUGAUUAAACUUGUUAUUAAUUCUAAUGUUAUUCUUUUCUCUUUUUUACUAUAAUAGGACAUUAUAAGAUAAAGCAAUGAUAUGUUGUUACAGCUGGAAACAAAAUUUCUUGUAUAAAAUGAUUAAAAACUAACUUCGCUUCAAAA